AGCUGUCUAGUUCAGUGCUCUCCAACCUUGUUCCUGAAGGGCUACCAUUCUGUACAUUAGGCUGAAACCCUAAUCUAGUGCACCUGAUUCUAAUAAUUAGCCUGUUUAUAAGCGGAACCAGGUUACUUCCAACUGGGUUUGGAUUGAAAACCUACGGAAGGAUAGUGGUCCAGGAACAGGGUUGGAGAGCCCUGUUCUAGAGUGACUCAUGGCUGAUCCAGAGGCAGCAGGGCACCCUGGGUCUCAAAUUGCACCUUAUUCCCUAUAUGCCUCAAAUGCCGCUCUGGACAUUGAAGCCAGUUCCACUGCAUAUUUUUGUUCCCGUCUUAUCAGGGACUGAUUUACACCUGGUCCAGGUGUGUGCAGAUAAUUGUCAGGUAUAAUUAUUCAUGAAACUUUGUCUAGUCCGAAGGUUGAAAAUGUCUGUCCCAGAUUUGAGUAAAGUAGGUUGUGUGUUACACACUACCUCCUAUACGUUUUGUUUUAAAGCAGUUAGGUGGCAGACUGCAAUUAGUCCACCAGGGGGCAAGUGUACAUUUCAAGGGUAAACCUGUUCAUAAUAGAAUGAGUUUCGACAGUUUAUCUGAGGCUCUCAGAGGAAGGAAGAGGUACACCACUGUCUCAACACAUUUUGCAGUCAGUCCGUACACCCGUUUGAAAAACAUCAGCUGCUAGGCUUUGACAUUUUAACGUAGUUGUCGUUAAUAUGUGUAUAAAUUGUGAAUCUAAACUGAUAGGAUAAACAUUGAUACAAAUGGGUGGCACAGGAUCUGAUGGACAGGACUGAAAGUACGCUGUUGUAACCCACAGAUCAGUGUGGACUGUAGAGCUACAUCCCAAAUGUCACCCUAUUGCUCUGGUCAAAACUAGUGCACUUUGUAUAACAUGAAUGUCUAGCAACUCAAAGGUUGUGAGUUCGAAUGUUGUCACGGACAAUCCUUCCUCUAACCUUAACCCUGUAACGUAUCAUACUAAAUAGAGUGUCUUGGAUUUACGUACAGAAUCAUACGAAUUGCUCUAUGACCAGGUUGGUGUUCUGCAAUACCUAGGUAUGGAUUGGGAUCCCCAGAGAAAUAGGCCCAGGCAUUACUAACACACCAGCCCAUUUUUCUCCUUGAGGUUCCCAUACUGGCCCAUUAUUAGCACUAUGGCCAGUCUGUUUCUGGAAACACCUGAAUAGUAUUCUAACUAGGCCCUUAUCAGUCUGUGAGAACAGAAUAUAUUUCCAACAGUCACUAAAUAAGAUUUCCUUUGAGAUAUCAUUUGAAAUGUUUUAUGUUGCUGUGCCUUAGUACCAAAAGCCUAUGUUGAGUGGAAUCAUUUGCAUUCCCUAUGCAAAGAUCGCCUACCCAUUUUUAGAACUGCAGGCAAUAAACUGCCGAUGGACAAUGGCACAUCACAUAUCUUGCCCAAGAGGACUUUGAAUUUCCUGUUCUACAGAACCUGUCACUGAAGCAAGUCUAAUUAGUGAUGCAAUUGUUGUGCUUGGAUUAUUGUUUUACUGUCAAUGAUGCUUUGCCAUACAUACCAUGCAUGCAAGUGGAAACGGGUUGAGUAAAGAGUAGUUAUUUUGUGUGAAUGUUGUGUGACUGGAUGCUUUCUCACUUGUUGAUGAAUUAAGCAAUGGUUCACUCACAUCUGAAGUUUCCACAGCUGAGUGUGGUAUUCGAGCAUAUUUUUGUGGUCGUCAGCAAUCUCUUAAUCAGCACUGCAAAGAAACAGCUUGUGUGUGUGAGAGAGAGAAAUAUAUUGCAUCAAAAGAGUCGCAGCGCGUAUCAAAACCAUAAGAUUGCAUUAAGGAAUGACGAUACAAACUGCUUUUUCCCCAGGUCCACUUUAAAAAAAAUGUUUUUACACAUUUUGGGUUAGGUUGAGGUCCUUUUAAUUUGUUUUUUCUGAAAGUUCUUCCUCGGCUAUAUCACCAAUAAUCAGUAGUCAGUGUAUUAACAAGGCGAGAUAAACUUAUCUUUAAUCUGUCAAAUGCUUUUCAUCCCCAGUUCAACUGACUCGUGGGUGUAACUGCAGGCGUGUCAGUGUGCUUGAAUACCCACCAAUCAUAACUACACUGAUCACAACCAGUGCAACAAGUCUCCCAACGUGGACUCAGCAGUGGAGAGAAAAUUCUCAGUUAAGUGUUGUACACAGGAAUUCAGAGCCAAAGUGGACAAAGUGUCAGAAGCAGAAUCUCAACUGUCAAGAUGACCAACUCUAGCAGCAGCCCCGGCUACUGCCCUCUCAUCCAGGCCAUGGUGAACGCCAGCGUACCCUCCAACUCCUCGGCUGAGGUGGGGGCUCUGAGCCUGGCCACGGUGUGUCUCCACGGCCUGGUCUCCGCCUUCGGCAUCCUGGAGAACAUCCUCAUCCUGGGGGUCGUGGGUUUCCGUGUCCGCCGUACCGUCAUCAGCGUGUGGAUUCUCAACCUGGCUGCCUCGGACCUCCUGGCCACGGCGUCACUCCCCUUCUUCACCAUCUUCCUGGCCCGCGGAGGCACCUGGACCCUGGGCACCACCUUCUGCAAACUCCACUCCUCCGUCUUCUUCCUCAACAUGUUCGUCAGCGCCUUCCUGCUGGCGGCCAUCUCUCUAGACCGCUGUCUGGUGGUUCACAAGCCCGUCUGGGUCCACAACCGGAGGAAUGUGCGGCUGGUCGGCAGGGUAUGUGGAAUCAUCUGGGCCCUGGCUGUGCUCUGUACGGUACCGUACUACCUGUUCCGGGAUACUAUUCAUCGGCAUGACGGGCGGGUCAUGUGUUACUAUAACUACGCCCAGUAUCUCCCUGUUAGGAAGUUUGACCUAAAAGAGCUGUGUGAGGCACGCCAGGAUGCCCUGGCCUUCGCUAAGCUCCUCCUGGCCUUCAUUCUUCCCCUGGUGGUCAUUGUGUGGAGCUAUGUGUCAGUGACCAUUAGUAUCGCGCGUCGUGGCCGCAACCGGCACCCUUUCCGCUUCGUUCGGCUAGUGGUAGCGGUGUUGAUGAGCUUUGUGGUCUGCUGGGCUCCAUACCACGUCUUCAGUGUCCUGGAGGCUGUAGCUCAGUAUAGACCCUCCCUCCGGGGCCUCGUGGCCAGCGGCCUGCCCCCCACCGCCAGCCUAGCCUUCCUCAACAGUGUGCUAAACCCCAUCCUCUAUGUGUUCAGCUGCCCGGACCUGUGCCAUAAGAUCAGGCAGUCCCUUGCGGCAGUAAUGGAGAGCGUGCUGGCGGAGGACCUAGGGGAGUGGUCACGGCGACAAAGCACGCAGAGAUCUUCCAUCAGUACCUCAGAGCUGCUGCUGAGGGGGAGGAGGUCCCUCAAGAAUGUCCCCAGCCUGAGAGGAAGAGACUCUAGGGCGGAGGAGGAGACGGCACAGAAGACGAAGGAACCACACCCUGCUAACUGAGAGGAGGUGUUGUGUCAAUGAAGGUUCCGGUGCCAAAGCCAGGUUCGCGUCUAGGUUCUGCAACAGUGGGAUACAUAAUGAUCCGUUUAGAAAUCAUUGCAUUUUGAAUCCGUGUUAUGUACAGCAUACACCCAGAAGGAUUGAGGGAUAUAUCUUGUGUGUUUUGCAAUGGUUUCAGUAGUGUUAAACCAAAGGCUCAGCAAUGUGCUAGUAUGCUUUUAUAUUUGCUUGUUGCUUUUUUACGGUACCCAUUCCAAGUUGGCUCUGAUGCACCCCUGUUCAGUUGCAGACUUGCCUGCUAAUGUAAAUGGUGACCCACUGGUCUCGCUUCGGCAAGUCACUACUAAGGAAAUUCUGGACUCUCUUAGUUAUUGAUGGUAAAAGUCCACUGGGGCAGACAUGCUUGACCCAUGUCUUCUACAACUUGCUGUACAUAUGAUUGUGGAACCCUUGACACAUAUUUUUUAUUUAUCCAUUCUCUUGGGUAUUAUUCCUAAGGUGUGGAAGGUGGCCCUUGAUAUCCCACUCCACAAAGGUGGUGAUCCCUGCUAUCUUCGUAAUUAUCACCCAAUCUCAAAACUUUCAUGUCUAGCGAAGAUAUUAGAAGUCUCUGUAAAUUCUCAGCUGCUGUCCUUUUUUAGAUGGAAAAUGUAUUCUGAAUGCUCACCAGUCAGGCUUUAGGCCAGGACAGAUCACCAUCUUGGCUGCUUUAUAUGGUUAACGCAAUAGAUAGGAAACAGCACUGCACUGCCCUUUAUAUUGAUCUGUCGAAAGCAUUCGAUAUGGUCGGUCAUGCACUCCUGCUACGGAGGCUAUCCGAAAUUGGUAUAGACCAACUGGCCUGUAGCUGGUUCAAAAAUGAUCUGCACGACAGAAGUAAAUGUACACUGAGUGUACAAAACAUUAGGAACACCUUCCUAAUAUUGAUUUGCACGCUCUUUUGCCCUCAGACAGCCUCAAUUCGUUGGGGGAUGGAUUCUACAAGGUGUUAAAAGCGUACCACAGGAAUGCUGGCCCAUGUUGACUCCAAUGCUUCCCACAGUUGUGUCAAGUUGGCUGGAUGUCCUUUGGGUGGUGGACUAUUCUUGAUACACACAAGAAACUGUUGAGCAUGAAAACCCCAUCAGUGUUGCAGUUCUUGACACAAACCGGUGUGCCUGGCACCUACUACGAUACUCCAUUCAAAGGCACUGAAGUCUUUUCUUUUGCCUAUUCACCCUUUGAUUGGCACAUAUACACAAUCCAUGUUUCAAUUGUGUCAAGGCUUAAAAGUCUUUCUUUAGCCUGUCUCCUCCUCUUCAUCUACACUGAUUGAAGUGGAUUUAACAAGUGACAUCAAUAAGGGAUCAUAGCUUUCACCUGGAUUCACCUGGUAGGCUGGCAUGGAAAGAGCCGGUGUUUGUAAUGUCUUGUACACUCAGUGUCUAUAUGCUGAUGGAGUUCAGUCUAUUUUUUUUUUUAACAUAACCAAGGAGUGCCACAAGGCUCAAUACUAUGCCUUUUACAGUUCACUAUUUACAUUAAUAAUGUUUGUCCCUGAAUAAUAAUAAUAACGGGCUUACAUCUCUAUGAGGAUUCGUUAUUUAUUCAUGUGCCCCAUCAGUGCAGCAGGCCGUUCACGACCCUCGGAUUUGAUUCAAUUCAAGAAUCGCUCACCGAUCUUAAAUUAGUGCUAAAUGUUGAUAAAACCAAGUUUUUUUUUUUUCAGGUCUUGUGAAAUUUAUCCUAAAGACCUGCGUAUCUGUACCUUGAGAGGUGCCCAAAUUGAGCUAGAUCCCCAUUGUAAGUCUCUACGGUGCCUUUAGAAAGUAUUCAGACCCUUUGACUUUUUCCACAUUUUGUUACAUUACAGCCUUAUUCUAAAAUGGAUUAAAUAAAACAAAUCCUCAGGAAUCUACACACCUUACCCCAUAAUGACAAGGCAAGAACAGGUUUGUAGAAUUUUGGGCAAAUGUAUUGAAUAUAAAAAAAACAGAACUUUUUUACAUAAGUAUUUCCUAUGAAACUUGAAAUUGAGCUCAGUUGCAUCCUGUUUCCAUUGAUCAUCCUUGAGAUGUUUCUACCACUUGAUUGGAGUACAUUGUGGUAAAUUCAAUUGAUUGGACAUGAUUUUGAAAGGCACACGCCUGUCUAUAUAAGGUCCCACAAUUGACAGUGCAUGUCAGAGCAAAAACCAAGCCAUGAGGUUGAAGGAAUUCCCUAUAGGGGGCCGAGACAGGACUGCGUCAAGGCACAGAUCUGGGGAAGCGUACCAAAAAAUGUCUGCAGCAUUAAAAGGUCCCCAAGAACACAGCCCGGCCAACCUGAGCAAUCGGGGGUGAAGGGCCUUGGUCAGGAAGGUGACCAAGAACCCAAUGGUCACUCUGACAGAGCUCCAGAGUUCCUCUGUGGAGAUGGGACAACCUUCCAGAAGGACAGCCAUCUCUGCAGCACUCAACCAAUUAGGCCUUUAUGGUAGAGUGGCCGACGGAAGCCACUCCUCAGUAAAUGGC